AUGUUGGCUCGCCAGCCGGCAAAAUUACCGCUGUCCUCAAUGGAGGGACCGAGUACGACAAAUCUGACGAACGUUUACGGAUGUACAUCAAGUCCAGAAGCACGUGAUGAUAGUGGUGUAUCAACAAUGGAAUCUGUAUGUGGAAAAGACUCAUUCGAACAUGAUACGGCACCGGCUACCGUACGAACAUUAGCCGAUAUUUUAUUAUCCGAACAUAAUAAUAAUUAUACGGGUAGUAUGGACGUGGUGAAAUUAUUACGAUUACGUUCCGUUGAUGAUGAACAAAAUCAACAAUCAAAUUCAUCAAGUUUAGAAUCACUUUCUUCACUUGAAAAUCAUCAAGGCAGCCAAGGUCCGGAUGUGGACGGUGGUUCCGGUUCCACCUCAUGUUCAGAAGACUCUUUUGAAAUGUCAAGUACGUGUAGCGCUCGUGACAUGGAUGUAUCACCGGAAGAGAUAUCUCCGGGAAAAGGAUUUACUAACGUCACAACUCAACAAAAUCUAUGUAAUCCGAUUGUGGAUCGAUUAGAUAGAGAUUCCAGAGAAACUACAUGUGAAUCGUUCACCUCAGGAGGAAGUGAUCGUAAUAACUCGUCCAGCUCUGCUCGAACACUUUACGAUGAGGAUUGUUCGGAAAGCCGUUCGAAUUAUCUACUAUUUCGUCAACCACCAAGUUCUAUCUCUAUGGAUUCAUUUAUGCUCAAAAAUACCAAAAAUAUCUCGGCAAUACGUGAGAGUAUCAAUAUGGAAUUGCAAAAUUUGGAUACUGGAUUGCCUGAGUUGGAUUUUGUGAAGUUAGAAGAGCAACUUACGAAUGCAGCUAGAGAACGUGAAGAGCACGAUCGUCGGCUGUUAGGCGAAGAGGUACGACGUCGUUUAGCGUUGCAAGCUGAUUCAUGGAAAGGUGCAAGUCCGGCGGUUAGUACACGACCACAUCGUUCAAAUUUAGCACUACGUCUACAAACAGCUAUGAAUUUACAGGUAUGCUACAUGAACGAAUUAGCUGAAAGCGCAUCCGAAAGUGAAAUAUCCGAAUCAGACGAUGAAUUAAUGGUACCAAAAUCGCGUUCAACACCGAAUCUAAAAGGAACGAGUCGACCAGGUUCAUCCAGAGAAGAUCCAUAUCUGCAAAAAUUACGUGAUCGUGCUGUACACGGACAACAUCUCGAUCCAUGUGAACGACAAACUCUUCUCCACGCUGAGACUAAGAAUGUUCUGGAAAAUGCAAAGAAAUCUGCUCAAACAGCAUUAGAACGUUAUAGAAGCAGUAAGUCUAAAGCAAGUGGUGUUCCUCGGCAAGCACGUCAAUAUCUCAGGAAGAUGUCUGUGGAUGAAGUGUUACGGAUCAAAGAGAUUAUGGAACAGGCUAUAGAUAGAAAAAAUCUGGAGUUGGUUCAACUGCUUAUAGAACGUGAUAGCCUUCAUAUGGAACAUGACUCGUUACUUGUCGAUAUUGACGAUUUUACGGAACAUGAGGCUGAGUGUGCCGCACUUGAUUUCCCGCAUCUACUGGGCAUGAUGGACGGCCGGAUAGCGCCCGUGUUGAGAGGUCCGGCCACGAUUGUGCCGAAUGGUGGUGUACCGUCUACCGGUGCACCUACACCAGCACCAACACCAACAAGUCCCACAAAAGCAUUUGAUGUUCAAUUUCGCUAUCGACGACAUUAUCGAAGAACAGUAGAUGAGUGCCCUGCCGAUAUCAUUCUGGCACCAUCAGGACACCCCUUGACCGAUCUCGAGUACGCCGACGAUGUUGUUAUAUUCGCGGAAAGCAGUACGAAACUUCAACAUGUUGUCAACCUUGUAUCGAAGUUGGCUGCAGCCUAUGGACUACGUCUAUGA